AUUCAUUGGCCAAAAGUGAAGUAAUUUCUUCAAUACAAAACUUUAGGUCUCCAAAAUCAAAUAAUAAAAACAAUAGACUAUGGCCUUUCAAACUUUAUUUUGAGGAGGAAAUCCCAACUCGCAUUCUCACCCACAUUUAAAAUCAGAUCACUGCCCACAGCACAGUGAAUUACGCUCUCGGACCGACCGAGCAGAUAGCGCUGUUUUGUUGUUAACAGGGUCACGGAGUGAGAGGCAGUGCGGGAGCGUGGAAGCAAGAGGGAAAAUGAACGAGGACGCGAAGAGGAGCAUCCCUUCUGGCCUGACGGUGAAACCUUCGAUCUCAGACGACCGUAAGCCCUCGUUGGCGGCGACUCCUCCUUCCGGAAAGCGCGUCAUUAUCAAGAGCGCCGACAUGCUCCCCGACAUGCAAAAGGAGGCCGUAGACACUGCCAUCGCCGCAUUUGAGAACCACGGUGUUGAGAAGGACGUUGCAGAGCACAUAAAGAAGGAGUUCGACAAGCGACACGGCUCCACCUGGCACUGCAUCGUUGGUCGUAACUUUGGUUCAUAUGUGACUCAUGAAACAAACCACUUCGUUUAUUUCUAUUUGGAUCAGAAGGCUGUGUUGCUAUUCAAAUCUGGCUAAUUAUCAUUGUGAUGUUGACGAAGAUGGUAACGCCAACAAUGACAAAAUUUGUGAUAAAGACACUAUAAUUAGAAACCGUACCUGUUUACCUUGUAUAUCUCGUACCACUUGAAUUGGCUUGGAACUUUAGAUACCCAAGCUGUUCUUGACUCGAGGGCAAUUAGAUGUUUCUGAGAAAGCUAAAUGAGUCCCAGUUGCUUUAUCUAAAACUUGAUUAGCACAUCGGUGCUCAGUGCAUAUCUAUGUGAUCUGUUCUAGUCCAAUUUGAAGUUGGUAUUGAGGUUGGAUGAA